AUGUUAUUUAUUAAAGUAUAACAUUUAUUAAAGUAUUCUAUUAUAAAUCGAAAUAUGAUAAGUUUCCAUUAUAAAUCGAAGAAUCAUUGAAAUCAGUGAUACUUGCUUUAAAAAGUAUAAAAUCAGUAAGUAAGAUAACAUCAGAAAAAAUUUCUCGGGAUUACAUGAUUAUAACAAUAUCAUUGUGACUGUCUUUGAAUUUGGUUUUUUAUACGUCAUAAGAUUAUCCAAAAAAAAUAUAAAGCUCCGUUUAAAGAAAUACCAAUGUUCUUGAAAUCUUGUAAAAAUGACGUUGAGAACAAAUCCAUUUCUCAUCAGAUGUACCCUCUCGAAACUAUAUAACUUUGUCAAACAUUUCUUAAAAUUUAAAAUAACAAAGAUGUUUAAAUGCUCCUUUAAUAUACUGCUUUGUAUAUUUACAUUUAUAUUUAUGUUAUACAAGAUAUACAGAAAACUUUAUAUUAUAAAUUAUUUAGAGAAAAGAAAGUAAUGCGAUUAUAUAAACAUAGAAUCAGCUGUUAUAUGAAAAUCAGCUGCGUACACAUUGACUAAAAGGCAAGUUUAAAUUUUUCAUUAUGAAAAACAAAUCCAGAAUUUAUUCCUAGUAAUUAUUUUAUAAUAUUUUUGAAGAUGAUAGUAUUUACCAUUUUCUUAAGUAAAUAUUUUUUUUUAAUUUUUCACUUUGUAAAAACGAUGAAACGCAAGAAUUUUACAUGCAUAACAUUAAACUCAUUUCACGGGCAACGAACUUAUCCAGGAUUUUUUGUUUCUUUCCUGUGUUCGUCCUGGCAAAUUAUUAUAUCGAAAAUUAUGCUGAAGCAUAUACAGAAAAUUAUUCAUAAACGGUAUACGCUGCUGAGCGAUAAUAAUUAGGCGUGUGCAUUUUCUGUUGCAAUAGCUCUCAUUUUAUCACGCUUGCUUUCUUCUGAUUAACACGAUGCAAUGCGAUGCGAUUUCAAGGCGAGUUUAGUUCAGUGAUUUUUUUUUGAUGCAUUAUUAUGUGCAUGCAAAAAGUGUCUUGAUCGUGAGUGUUAUUCGUGAACUUCCAGAUUCUGUUUUUCCAGACGUUAUUUAGAAAAAUCGAAUAGAUACCGUGAAACUGAGACCGACAGGCUUUGCAGUGUUUACGAUAAGAAAUGGUUGCCGAAAAUGAAAAAGCCGCGUCCUAAUACGCAUCAGCCAAUCUUGUUUCCAUUCUAACAUUUUAUCUAGUUUACAUAUUUGCGAUAAUGUAAUCGUAUUCGCUUUGUCAGAUGUACACGAUUGUUUGUCUCAAUUUACGGGUUGCAAUUCAAUUCUCUUAUUUUUCGCGAGACUUUCACAAGAUGAGAAAAUUAUAUAAACCAACAAGUUUAAAGGGUCAUAGAAUUCUAUAGAAUUUAUUGUUUGAAAAAAUUAAUCAGACACUUCGAUCGUUUGAAUAAGAAACUAUUUAAUACAUUAAUUAAUAAAUAAUAUUGUGUAGAUAAUUAUUACAUAUAUUAUAUAUGAAAUAUUAUGUAACUUCUUCAAAAUAUAUAGCUCAUAGUUGUUGUAUUAAAUUUAAAAAAUUGUUGAGUGCAAUAUUAAUUGUUAUUAUUACAAUUUUACCGAAGUAGUCGAAACGAAUAAUUAAAAGCAAAGACAAAAAAUAAAAGUAAAAGUUAACGAUAAAAAUUGUUUCACUUAUAGAUUGAACGCGAAGUUGUUUUGUCAUCGGGAGACAAAAAUUCCAAGAUUCCCAUUCUUCACGAGUACAAACAAAGAACUGCCGGAAGAGUCGCUAUUGCACCGGAUGCACCGAUCAAACAACAGGCUUGGGUUCAAGAGGUCGACGUCAGCUGCAUCGCUGUUAAAAACAGCCAAAAUCGAUGAAGAAAAAAGCAAAUCCAUUUCAAAGACUUAUCAUACGAUUAAGGAUAUGAUAUCAAGUCGUUUCGGACAGAGUCGUAAGGAUGUUGAACCGGAACCGGAAGCGAGCUUGAACAAUGUUACAGACGAAUUGAGAAAAUCAAGCAAGAGCAUCGAUGAAGAAGAAACGAAGAAAAGGGAAGGGAUUUAUGGUAAACCACGAGCACAGGAACCUCCUAUUAAUAUGCAACAAUAUCCAAAAAAUGCUUGUGGUCAGUAUGGACAUUCGUACAGUUACCUGAGCAAUCAGCAGAAUGUAUCACUUCCUGGACAACUUCAGCCUACAUCGCAGAUUCAACCCAAUUUACCAGGUCAAAGUGCUCAGCUCCACGUAACGCAUCACACUCCACCUGCAGGAGUUCAAACAGUUCAUCAAACUCAAGUUCCUGGAUUUGGCCAAUCAGCUACAGGUGGCCAGCAGUUGCAAAGUGUUGCGAGAGAAUAUGUUGUUCAGGGACCAUCUGGAUUGCCGAGUCAGCAAUUGCAUCAAGGACUUCAUCAGAAUCCUCAGAAUCAGGGCCACAGUACGCAGAUACAGAAAUCUCACGGUCUGGGAAUGCAAUCCCAUCAAAUAGGGAAUGCGGCGAUGCAGCCAUCGAAUCAAAAUUUCCAAAGUGCCCAGCAACUGUUGCAUCAAAAUCAUCAAAGUCCCAGAUUCGCACAGCAGCACGCGCAGAACAUGCAUCAACGGCAACUGAUACAACAGAUGCAUCAGCAGCAACUAGCCGGACAACAGAAUAGUCAAACUGGCGGUGCAAGGAACAUGCAACAACAAAACUAUUUCUCGAACAACGUGUCUUAUCAACAGUACCAGCAAGCUCGACAAGCCAUGUCAAGAUCUCAGAUCGAUCUACCUAGCACUUCCAGACAGACUCAAGAGCUCAGACUGUCCGGACAGGAAGUGUACUACCAUUAUGCCCAAGGUAGACCAAGGUACGGUGUACCGCAAGUCUAUAUGAAGACAGAAAAUAACCAAGAAGCAGAAUUUCAACGACGAAACUCGACAAAAGGUAUCGAGAAAGCCGCGUCUCAGCCGCAACUCUCUUACGAGGACGAAAGAUCUGGUUGCGUUAACGAACAAUCAAAAAAUGCGGUCGAUGGGAUGAAAACUCUUACGGUGGAUCCGUUGGACAAAGAAAGAUAUGAGAUUACAGUGGAAGAUCGUGGACAAGGAGAAUUCGGGAAAACCGAGUCUCAAAGAAAAGACGAAUAUCGAGCAGAAACUAGUUUCGCUAUUCGCAGAGACGACGCUGUUAGAUGUUCUAAAAGAGAACAGGAGCAACUAGCGACCGCUAGUUCUUGUCAAGAGAAUCAAGAAUCGGAAACAUCUUUUAUACAAAAGAAAAUCGAAGAAUUGCAGAAACGACCCGAGGAGAAUCAUUAUAAUGUAAAAAUGUCGAAGGAAAGCGUGGAAACAGAUGUGGGUAAGAGUUCUUCGUCUGGCACAAAAAUUGGAAACGGCGAACCUCUGAAAAGAAUGGAGAAUCAAUACGCCAAAGAUUCUGCAAUGAAAUCGGAAACAAGGAAAGACGAGCUUGAACAUGGCAUCAGCCGAUUAAAAAUCCAGAAUCAGGGAUCUGGAUCGGAUUACGAUAAAGCCGGACAGAGUUCUUCCAAUGUUGAUUCGGGAAGAGGAUCUGCUGUUUAUUCCAGCGGAAGACGACCUCCGCCCGAAGAUCAAACUCAUCCCCCAGUACAAGACUCCGAAUGGGUGGACAUAGUCGAAUCAGAACUGCGAAGCAUUUUAGAGCCAAGAGACGUGCCUGCGAUGGCGCAUUCUACCCUAUCUGAAAGUGUAUCAUCGGUAACGCCACCUCUGCCGCCGCUUUCACCCCAUGAAAGUCCUAGAACACCAAGAAAUCGAUACUCAACGAGUUUGCCGUACGGAUCAAAACCUAAUUACAGCGAUUACAGCAAAACUAUUGAAAAAAGAGGAGGGUUUUCGAGUAGUUCGAAGCAUCGCGGUACUUCCACCUCAAAAAAAGAUGCUGCAAAGAAAUUCUCUCAUCAAGCAGCCGAUUUGACUUCGACUACAACUGGACUUGAUUUAGACUCCAUGUUGGACAGAAGUGAUUCCGAUUUAAGUACAAACGAUGCAAGAACGAUUAGGAAGCAAUUAGAAGGUCUAGAAAAUAUGUACAGCGAGGUACUCAAAUUGCUCGGCGGAAGUGUUAAAAAGAGACGGAAGGCCAGAGGUCUUACCAGUUACGGUUCCGUCUCAUCGUUGCCAACGUCAUCCGUUUCGUCGAGACCUGUCACAAGACACCAUGAUAAACGUAGAUCCCACGCUAUCGACGAUAGAAUGAAGAAAGCCAAAGAUAUAAAAAGCAUUAAUAAACGCUUCCAACGGCUAGAAUCUCACGUAGUCACACUUGCCAGAUCAGUGGCACACUUAAGUUCGGAAAUGAGGACACAACAUUUAAUGAUACAGGAAAUGGAGAACAUAAGGGGCGAAAUUGCUGCACUCCGAACGCAAACGAGCAUGGUAAUGGUGAGAUCACAGUCCCAACCAUUGAUCAAGGACUCCGAGCUGCCAGCUCUUUCCAAUCCUUCGAGGGUGAAAAAACUCACCAAAUUCUUUGGCACAGAACCACCACUCAUCAGACUAUUCCUCAGGGAACUUGGGUAUGAGAAAUAUGCAAAUGUGUUCGAGAAAGAAAAGGUCGGUAUGGUGGAGCUACCUUAUUUAAGCGAAGAGAGAUUACAAAAAAUGGGAGUUCCCUUGGGACCAAGGUUAAGGAUUCUGCAAGAAGCGAGAAUAUCGGUGUGCAAAGAUCCAAUUUAUGUCGUGUGAGUUCUAUAGAAUGGCUUGUUUUCUGAAAGUUUGCCCAGGCAAUUCCAAGUACGUACAUCCACCGGUAGCCAGUGAAAGGCAAUAAAAUACAUAAUCAAAUUUUAUCCACUGGAAUUUGGUGAAUUGUGUAUAAUAUAUUUGAAUUCAUAUCAAUAAAUAAAUAUUUAAAAGACAAAGAAAUAAUAACGAAAUUAAUUAAACGUUUAUUGUACACGUUGAUUAUACACCGAAUAUAUUGUAUACGAAUAUAGUAAACAAAGCAUGGUGCAUAUGUCUAUCAAACAUAUCCGUACUUUGACAGAUUUUUAUUUUACAAGUACUUUUAAAUACUCAAGUACAAAUAUAUAUAAACAUGUUUUAUUCUGAAUUCUAACAUUAAUAAAUCAUAAAAGAUAUGAAUCCUAAUUGGGAAUAUCUCAAUGAGAAGCAAUACCUGUCGAUGAGAACAUGUUUCAGAAAUGUAUCAGUCACAUAUAGAUUAAAGCUAAAGUAAAGUAAGGAAGAAUUAUUCAAUAACAAUUGUUCAUGAUUCUAGAGAUUUUGUCAUUCAUAAACGUAUUUCAUUUUUUUUCUAUAAUUUAUUAUAAAUUAUUGAUCGAAAUACAUAUCUAUGUGUAAUACUUGUAAUACAAAUGAUAACUGUCUCAGUCAUUAUUAUAAUUGAAUAUCUCAUGUAUCUUUAAAAUAUUAUACUAAGAGAACAGUUAGAAAGUUAAAACUAAUUAGUUAAAAGGAACAAUUUAAAGUAGAAGAAAUAAUAUUAACAUUAUUUGAAGUUAAUCAAUAUGUAAAUACUUUUUACGGUAAU